CAAUCGACUUCCGAAAUCAGUUCUCCCGAUUUUAUCUUUAAGAGACCAGUUCGUACGACGUAACUUAAGUUGAUUAGUGAAAGUGUUGAUCUUCAUAAGUACCUAAUAAGAAGAAUUCGUUAACAAUCGUGAAGGACUUGUAUUACAUAAUGCUAAAUCUUUGCAGUCUCAUCAUGCCGAGUAUCUAAUAAAAAUACAACUAACACAGUUACUUUUCGUUAUUACACCAAGACGCGGUGCAAUGCGUGUAAUCGCCUACCUAUUCGUAGCGUUCAUAAGCUUCGCGUUUUGCCAGGAUUCCAAGGAUGCCAAAAUUUUGGAAUACAAGAAUGAAAACGCCGACCCGAGCAAGUAUUAUUUCAGAUUUGAAACUAGCAACGGAAUUUUUCGAGAGGAGUCUGGGCAGUUGGUCGUCUCAGAAUCCAAUCAAGAGAUUAUGGUCGUGCAUGGCAAGUAUUCGUACGAAGGGCCCGAUAACCAACGCUACAUUGUGAAGUACGUUGCGGAUGAUAAGGGUUACAGAAUUGAAAGAAUCCAAAAGGUCGGCAUCGAGCAAUCUAACAACCCUCUUGUUAAUCGAAUCAGUAAAAAUGCGAUUAUAAGCUUACAGGGGGGCCUUGGCUAAAAUUGAAAACAAUAAACACUGAUUUUGAAUUUGA